AUGGAUUAUUUGCCGGACCAGUUAGUAUGGGAGAUUUUGAGCAGAAUCAAGAAAACUGUACACAGAAACUCUAUCUCCUUGUCAUGUAAGCGGCUCUACGAUCUGGACAAUGAACAGAGGCAGUCUCUUCGAGUUGGUUGUGGGUUAGAUCCCGCGAAUGAAGCCCUGACUUCACUCUGCAACAGGUUCCCCAAUUUGCAAAAAGUGGAAAUUACAUAUUCUGGUUGGAUGUCCAAGCUAGGGAAGCAGUUAGAUGAUCAAGGGCUUGCGAUUCUGGCUAACAAUUGCCCUUUAUUGACCGACCUCACCUUAAGUUACUGCACGUUUAUCACCGAUGUUGGUCUUCGUAGUUUAGCUACAUGCUCCAAGCUUUCUGCUUUAAAACUGAACUUCACACCGAGGAUCACUGGUUGUGGUGUCUUAUCUCUUGUAGUAGGUUGCAAGAAUCUCACCAUUCUCUGCCUCAUUCGGUGUCUCAAUGUAACCAGUGUUGAGUGGUUGGAAUACCUAGGAAGGCUCGAGUCGCUCGAAGAGCUCUCUAUUAAGAACUGUAGGGCUAUUGGAGAGGGUGAUUUGAUGAAGCUCGGAGCUAGCUGGAGAAAACUGAAAAAGUUGCAGUUUGAAGUGGAUGCCAAUUACAGGUACAUGAAGGUUUAUGACAGGUUAGCUGUUGAUCAGUGGCAGAAGCAAGCUGUGCCUUGUGAAUCAAUGCUAGAGCUUAGCUUGGUGAGUUGCAUAAUCAGCCCAGGGAGAGGACUAGCUUGUGUUCUAGGUAAAUGCAAGAACUUGGAGAAGAUUCAUUUGGACAUGUGUGUUGGUGUAAGAGAUUCAGAUAUCAUAACCCUAGCAAAGAACUCCAGUAAUCUCCAUUCACUCUCACUUCGAGUUCCUUCGGAUUUCUCAUUGCCACUUCUGAUGGGAAAUCCGUUGAGAUUAACGGACGAGAGCUUGAAGGCCGUUGCAGAGCACUGUCGAUUGCUGGAGUCGAUACGGAUAUGUUUUUCUGAUGGAGAGUUUCCUUCGUUCUCAUCGUUCACCUUGGAAGGUAUCCUGAUUUUGAUUCAGAUGUGCCCUAUCCGGGAGCUUGCUCUUGACCAUGUCCACUGCUUUAAUGAUGCUGGGAUGGAAGGGCUUUGUUUGGCACAGUCGCUUGAAGCUUUGGAGCUAGUUGGAUGCCACGAGGUCACCGACGAAGGGCUGCAGCUCGUGGCCCAGUUUCCCGGUCUAAAGACGCUGCGUUUGAAGAAGUGUUUGGGGAUUACGAAUGAUGGACUGGAGCCUCUUGUUGGGUCGUACAAGCUGGAACUGUUGGCUGUGGAAGAUUGCCCUCAGAUUUCCGAGAGGGCCGUUCAUGGUGCUGCGAAAACUGUCUCUUUCAGGCAAGACUUGUCUUGGAUGUACUGA